GCAGCUCUAGUUGGGUCCUUCCUGGCCAGUGUGUGUCCCACAUGUGUUUGCAGAGCUGAUCAUUACUUGUACUGUAUAGAGAUCCGUGGAAGGGGGGGCUGUAGAGCUGAUCAUUACUAGUACUGUACCCCAGAGAUCGGCGGAGGGGGAUUGUAGAUCUGAUUAUUACUAGUACAGUGCAGAGAUCUAUAGAGGGGGCUUGUAGAUCUGAUCAUUAGUACAGUGCAGAGAUCUGUGAAGAGGGUGAUUGUAGAUCUGAUCAUUGCACAGGGAUCGGUGAAGGGAGAUUGUAGGAUCAUUAGUGCAGUGCAGAUAUCUGUAGUGGGUAGAUCUGUUUGUUACUAGUACAAUACAGAGAUCAUUGUGGGGGGCUGGCUGUAGCUGAUGUUUUGGGGGUUGUGAGUCAUGGGAGAUCAGGGAUUAAUCCUCAAUAUUACAGAUGGUCCAGUUCUAUCUUACAAAGGUGCCAAACACUUCCCCAAGCCAGAAAAAAGAGGGAGCUGGAAAUCGAAAGCUCAGAAAAGAAAGUCUCAAGAUGCCAGUGAAGGUCCCUCCUCCAAGCGUUCAGCUCCUUCAGCUUCUGCAGAUAUCGAGUCCAAGGACACCAAAUCCAAACCCAACAAAAAAUUAAAAAGCGAUUCCACACCUAAAAAAGGAGAGAAGAAAGAAGAUGGCACAAAGGGAAGGGCUGCUGUCAAAACAUCCUCCCUCUUCAAAAACAACCCUGAGGUUCCGGAAAUAGAGAGGUCAAAAGUAAAACAGUUACAAGAAAACGUCUUCUCUACCGAUUCAUUUUCUGAGCUGGAGCUGCACCCACAUCUGGUCGCAACUAUCUCAAAUGUCCUGAAUAUAACCCAGAUGACCAGUGUCCAGAAAAUGACCAUCCCGGCCCUCUUGUCUGGUAGAGAUGCCCUGGUGAGGUCGCAGACAGGAUCUGGGAAGACUUUAGCUUAUGGUGUUCCACUUGUACAGUCACUUCAAGCAGCAACCACUAAAAUACAGCGCAGCGACGGACCUUAUGCCCUUGUUUUAGUCCCCACAAGAGAGCUGGCUCUGCAGAGUUUCACCACCAUUCAGAAGCUGCUUAAGCCAUUCAGCUGGAUUGUACCGGGAGUUUUAAUGGGAGGAGAGAAGAGGAAAUCAGAAAAGGCCAGGUUACGAAAGGGGAUAAACAUCCUGAUCUCUACUCCGGGGAGGCUCGUCGAUCAUAUCAAGUCAACUAAGAGCAUUCAUUUUACUCUCGUCCGAUGGCUCAUAGUGGAUGAAGCUGACAGAAUCCUGGACCUGGGAUUUCAGAAAGACGUCACCACCAUUUUGAACGCCCUCAACUCUCAGAGCCAACAACGACAGAACGUGUUGCUCUCCGCCACCCUGAGCCAAGGUGUGGCCCGGCUGGCCGACAUAAGUCUGCAAAACCCAGUGAAUGUGACGGUCACAGAAGAUUCACCUGCUGGUGUUAAAGAGGCAGCAAAACCCAAAUCCACAGAGGCUGGUGAUGACAGCGCCAGCUUUGCUUUGCCAGAGAAUCUCCACCAGCACAUUGUAGUAGUUCCCAGCAAGUUAAAGCUGGUCACAUUGUCUGCAUUUAUUCUGGGGAAAUGGAAGUGUGAUAAGAAACCGAAGAUGAUCAUAUUCUUCCCAAGCUGCGAUCUUGUGGGGUUCUAUUAUAAAUUGCUUAGCAGUGUACUACCUAUAGGGGGCAGCAAACCUGAUUCCAGGACCUUCCUUCAGCUUCAUGGGAACAUGGAACAAGGGGAAAGGACAGAAGUUUUCCAACAUUUCACUGAAGCUAAAGCUGGGAUAUUACUGUGCACGGAUGUUGCUGCUCGUGGUCUGGAUCUCCCUCAAGUGACUUGGAUUGUACAGUACAAUGCUCCAGCAACUGCCGCCGAGUACAUACAUCGCGUCGGACGCACAGCGAGAAUUGGAGCCAUGGGGAGCAGCCUGCUCAUUCUUAUACCCUCCGAGGCCGAUUAUAUGCAAACCCUGGUGGGCCACAAGAUCUGUGUCUCCGAAAUGAAGAUGGAAGAAGUAUUGUCCAACCUACUUUUAGAAGACUUUCUGAAAAUCAAGAGAGUUGGUGGAAAGAAGGCCGAGUCGGCGGACCCCCAGACUAUCCGAGAAAGAGCAACCGUCUUGCAGACCAAGUUUGAAGAUUACAUUCAUGCCAGUCCAGAGGCCGCUUUAUGGGCAAAGAAAGCACUGCAGUCCUAUAUUCGUUCUUAUGCAACAUAUCCUAAGAACCUAAAGCACAUCUUCCAUGUCCGUUCUCUCCACCUGGGCCACGUAGCCAAGAGUUUUGGCCUGAGAGAUGCACCACACAAACUCAGCAAGCAGCUAGCUGGAAGUUCAAAGAAGUACAAAAAAGACCAGCACAAAAGAGCUGACGGGCAUAAAUUAGUUGGGAAGAAAACUAAUUUUUCAGAUCUGAUCAGGUCGGAAUAUUCCAGUGGGUUUACACCAAAAAGCAAGAAAAACAAGAAGCCCAAGAAUGAAGAUAAGGAGACAUAACACAUGAAAUCUUAGUUGUCCAAUCAAAGUUUCCACAUCCAGAAGAAUGAAAUGAACCAAGCUUGCCGUCCAUCAGCGGUGUCAUCUUUAAUGACUUAUUGGCUGCAGAAUACAGUGGAAAUGCAGAUUUGGUAGCCCUGGUGUUUGGUUCCUAUCUCUUGCCUCCUUGGGUUUUUGGGGAACCUCAUUAGUCUGGAUAUUGGCUAUUUGCCAUAGUCCUUUGAUAAAUGAAAAAAAAAAAAAAUAGCACGUGAAAGUAUUUGGAAAAUGUCACCCCUAACACUCACGGCGGUCAAGAGCGUCAUUCUUAUCUUUCCAGUAAUUAUUUAGAAGGUUUGGAGCCUAAUGUUAGCCUUACAUGUGUAGAUUUUUCUCGAUCAAUCCUGCAAACUAAACAAGAAAAAUCAAUCGAUUCCCCCAUCCAUGCAAAGCAGCGUUAAAGGAGAAAUCCCUCUGCUGGCUAUUGUAUUCUGACAGCCGCAGCGCCCCUGGCUGCUUGAAUACCUGAACAGUGACUGUAUCUGAUAGGAUGUACUCACUGUUCAGCCAACAAUUUUCAUUGUAAUUUCCUAAUCAUCUUAUUUUUUUAUUGUCGGACUUGUACAGUAUCAUUGUUUGUGAAUGGGGAAGGGUGAUACCAGACUUCACCUCCAGGUGGCACUGCAGGUGAAGGAUGAUCUAGCUAUUUACAGAAUAGCAAAGAGGUGCAAGGGAGGGACCCUUAUGUAUAAUUAAAGAUUAUAUAUUGUUUUCCUGAAAAUCCUAUUUAUAAAAACCUUAACAGAAA